UGUCGCGCUGUGGAGCGUCACGAGCUGGGGGCGGAGGCGGCGCGGCCGCGCUGCGGGAAGGGCGAGCGGGGUGAAAGGAGCCGGAGCCCCGCGCUCUCGGGCCGGGCAGGAUUCAGCGUUCCCAUCUCUCGCCUCCGCCUGGCUGAGCCAAAGCUCUUCGCCACUGCACUUUACAGCCUGGCAUCUUGAUGGAAACAAAUGUUGAUGGUGGUCCGAGAUAUUUGUGGGGGUUAAAAGAUUUGAACUCCAGCUGAAUAAAACAAGGGCUGAAAAUUGAAGGAUGGCAGCAAAUCCUUCAGGACAAGCACACAUUUAAAUUUAUGCAGUUUAAGGUUUCCAGAAUAAAAAUAGGGUUGCAAUCCUGGCAGAACUAGACAAGGAGAAGAGAAAGUUACUUAUGCAAAACCAGUCUUCCACAAAUCACCCUGGAGCCAGCAUUGCACUUGCAAGAUCACCUCUGAAUAAGGAUUUCCGUGAUCAUGCUGAGCAACAGCACAUUGCAGCACAGCAAAAGGCUGCACUGCAGCACGCACAUGCACACUCCUCAGGAUACUUCAUAACUCAAGAUUCUGCAUUUGGAAAUCUUAUUCUUCCUGUCUUACCUCGACUUGAGGCAGAAUGAGGAAUGUUGUUUGUCUCAAAAAUUCAAGAUCUGAUUUUUGUCCAUAGCAGGAGCUGUCUGACCUUUUAAUUUCUUUAUGUAUACUAAAAACUACUUUUUUUCUGGGUUCCUGCAAAUGCCAUCCAGAAAUGUGAGCUCUAGUGAUGGGGAAAUAAUGUUGAAAAUUUUUUAUCCUGUAUUAUUUCUGUUCCUCUGUCGGGUCAAAGUCAAAUGCAAGACUUUUCUUGGACUUUGAAGUGCACAGGGUUUGCUCUUCCCUGUUUCAGUGCUUCCUUUAAAUAAAUGUCCAAACCAGAGUCACCAAGAGAUGCACAGUCUGACAGCAUUUAUGUUUCUUUUUAUUAUGUACAGGUAUAGUUUUUGUAAUGAAUAAUGAAAAUUAUUUCUGUCCAUUAAAACAGACAUGAAUUUGUCAAAUGCAUCAGCCAGUCUUCCUCCCCCACCCUCUCCUAUGCAGGAACAUUUCUAGUGUACUGUUUGCCCUUGUAGCAUCAUCGGCUCUUAAGUCCUUAGUUACAGUGUGCCUGUCUCUUACCUUGCUUUGUGAAAUAUGAAAAUGAAUUAAAGUGGGAAAAAACCGAA